AUGGCCUUUACUUGUAUAGACAACACUAUGCAGGCCUUUACUAUAGAGAACACAAAUCAGACCUUCGCUGUACAGAGCACUAGUGGCAGCAGUUCUGCACUAACCCUGGAUACUUGCGCCACGUGCAGUCAGCCCGAGCAUGUCAUGCAACGAUUUCAAGCCUGCAGGUUACUGACACUGAGGAGAAGACUCAUGGAGUGUAACCGUAUUCUUGAUGAGAUUGCACACAUAUUAGUCCAUUCCUUCAAUGAACCAAUAGUAAAGUCAACAUCACCCAGUCGACCUACGGGGCAAUCAACGAAUGAAGAAUUGAUCGCUAUCUACGCGAAUGCGACACAACUCCUUCUCGAAACAAAACUCAUCCUUGACUUUUCCUACUACGCUAUCGACCAAUCAAACAUCACCAAUCUUCUACGCAUGCUCUCUAAAGAACUUCGAAGAAUCGUUUGCUCCAUAGGGUAUGUGUUACGGUCCGGUGAAAUAACGGUUCAAGAUCCGAGACAGGCUGCCGCGAGCGGUGUCAUUUGUAACGCGAGUGUGGAACUAAGCUUCGACCCGGCGUUGCUACGUAUCAACGUCGGUUACAUCAACAUUUUGGCCAACAACGUGGAAAAAUAUAUCGAAAUAUUCAGUCAAUCCGUUGUUGGUUUGAAUUCUUUGCUGGAGAUAGAUCAAGAAGAAUAGACUGUUUUGAGUGAGACGAAGGCAGGCAGAUACUGAAAAUGUAAACCUAUUUAUCUACAAAUGUAACACAAAGUAUAAUUGACCAAAAAUGUGUGUGUAAAAGUUAUUUGCAAUGACGACAAACAGAGUGCACACAUGUGAUUAUCCAUUGAAACACGUGGAACUUCC